UUCGAUCGGAAAUACUGGAAUGAAUCAGUUGAUUUCACGCCAUUAUGAAGGUAGUCCCGUUGUUCAGUGUUCUUAUAUUAUUCUGCAUAACGUUUCGCAUCUCAAUCACAUCAGAAAACGUAUACACAGAUUGUUUACGUCUUACACCAUAUAUUAGAAAUGGCAGCGUUAAUAUUGCUCAAAACUUAGCGGAGGUAGAUUCCUCUAAAUUCAUGAAUAUAACGAGUUACGCUGGCUUCAUAACUGUGAACGAUGAAUACGAUAGCAAUCUGUUCUUUUGGUUCUUUCCUAAGCCACAGAUGAGUACCACCCCCUUGAUUAUCUGGCUGCAAGGCGGACCAGGUUAUUCAUCUCUGAAAGGCUUGUUCGAUAUUAUGGGACCAUUUGAAGUGGAGGGUGAUAAAGUAAUUCAGAGACCAAUAACUUGGGCUUCGGAUUAUUCCCUGCUGUUUCUGGAUCAACCUGUGGGUGCUGGGUACAGUUUUACACAGAACGAUCGUGGAUAUACGGAUAACGAAGAUGAUGUGGGGGAACAGAUGCAUGAAUUUCUAGUACAAUUUUUGGAAUUAUUCCCCGAGUUGAAGGAAGCACCGUUAUUCAUAGCGGGAGAAUCAUACGCCGGGAAAUACGUCCCUGCUUUAGCUAUUCAAAUCCACCGCCGAAAAGAUAAACAUCCUAUUAACUUACGAGGCAUUGCCAUCGGAAACGGAUUAAUAGACCCGCUUAGUAUGAUGCAUUAUAGCGAAUUUUCUAGAAUACUUGGACUGUUAGACGAUACACAGGUGGAGGUUUUGAAAAUCAUUGAACAAGAUACAGUUCAGGCUAUCCAAGAGGAGCGAAUGCUUGAUGCAGCUUUGGGUUUCAAUAAAACUCUAGAGUACAUUAAAAAACACAGUGGCGUGAGUUUCUAUAACUUCAACAUGGACCAAGGGGGCGGGGCACCAGCGUUCGAAGCGUUUGUCAAUCGAGCUGAUGUAAGAGAGGCGAUACAUGUGGGAAACGCUUCGUACCACCUGAAUAAUCAACUGGUGUACCAGAAGAUGCAGCCGGACAUGAUGAAUACUACGAAGCCGUUUGUUGAAGAGCUGUUAGAACAUUAUGGAGUUAUGUGCUAUAGUGGUCAAUUGGAUGUUAUCCUGCCGUACGGUUUAUCAAGGAAUUUGUACUCCAAAUUGAACUGGUCUCGUCGUCCUGAAUAUAUAAAAGCCUCGCGCCGCCGGCUGCGGAACGCAACAGACGGUACAAUCGUGGCAUACAAGAAAAGCGGAGGCAAUUUCGCAGAGGUAUUGAUAAGGAGAGCUGGUCACAUGGUGCCCGAAGAACAGCCUGAUGUCGCCAAGUUCAUUAUUGAUAGAUUCAUAGAAGAAUAUAAAUAA